AUGAUUGUAAUUAACAGGAUCUGGGGGCUGAGGGCACAGACACAGCAAGGGCGCAACUCCCCCACCACCGCUCCCGGCCGGUUGCUCCUCCGCUCACCAAAAUGCAGAUGGAUUUUGCUUGAUGGUCUCACCAUAUCAGACCGUGUUGCUAGUAUUGUCCCUGUAAGGGGAUACUCUAUGUCACCCACAUUCAAUCCUGACAAGACCAAUUAUUUGGGAUUGUUUACUGAUGAUCAUGUCUUGGUGGAGAAACGUUGCCUCACGGAUUACAAGUUCUCACAUGGUGAUGUUGUAGUUUUCUGCUCACCAAGUAGUUACAAGGAGAAACACAUGAUAAAACGUAUAACUGGCAUGCCAGGUGACUGGAUCGGUCUUCCAUAUUCAUAUGAUGCUGUCAAGGUUCCAGAAGGCCAUUGUUGGGUUGAAGGAGACAAUCCCACCAACAGCCUGGACUCCAGAUCAUUUGGCCCUAUUCCACUGGGGUUAAUUCGUGGAAGGGUUACACACAUUCUCUGGCCACCUCAAAGAGUCGGGAAAAUUGAUCACACAAGCUUUCCUCAAGUAGCCCAACAAAUGGAAGGUGUACGUUUGGAGAAAACACAAGAAUAG